AUGGAAAGAUACGUGCGGUUAAAAUGGAGGGACGUGCGAGUGGGUGACCUGGUUCACCUCUCGAACAACGAGCCAGUGCCAGCUGAUAUGGUGUUAUUACACUCGUCGAACCCCCUUGGGAUCUGCUACCUGGAUACCUGCAAUCUGGAUGGCGAAACCAACCUUAAACAACGGAUUGUUGCGCCAGGGUUUAAGGAAAAGCGGCUCGAGUUCAACCCAAUAAAAUUCAAGAGUACAGUGGAAGUGGAAAGACCGUCCACGAAAAUAUACAGAUUUACAGGCUACAUUUCACACCCAAACGGAAUUAGGGUACCUCUAAAUUCGGACAAUCUUCUUUUACGAGACUGCACUAUCAAGAACACGGACUACGUAGAAGGCAUUGUUGUGUAUGCGGGACACGAAACGAAAGCCAUGCUCAACAAUGGCGGCCCCAGAUAUAAAUGUUCCAAAUUGGAAAAGAAAAUGAACACAGAUGUUAUAUGGUGUGUUUUAGUACUGUUGUUUCUGUGCUGCGCUGGUGCUGUCGGCUGUAAGAUAUGGUUCGACAAUUACUACCCGUACGUCAACAAACUACCUCCCUUCAUUCCUCGCGCCGACCUGCCAGCGUACGAGGGCCUGCUGAUUUUCUGGACUUACAUAAUUAUACUGCAAGUAAUGAUACCAGUUUCUCUCUAUGUAACCAUUGAAAUGACGAAACUGAUACAAGUGUAUCAUAUACAUCAGGAUGUGGAGAUGUACGAUUCUGUUACGAAUACGCGGACAGAGUGUCGAGCGUUAAACAUCACAGAAGAAUUGGGUCAAAUAAGUUAUUUGUUUAGUGAUAAAACGGGGACGUUGACUGAAAAUAAAAUGGUGUUUAGACGAUGCACAGUAGGAGGUGUAGAUUACGAUCACCCGCCUGGUCCGGAUGCUGAACCGUCGAGUGACCUUCCUCCCAUUGUAACACCUAUAACAAAAGUGUCACCUAACCGUAGGAUGCUUCAACAUUUACUAGACAGCAAUGACGCGCAGCAUACCCAAAAAGUACGAGAGUUCCUAUUAAUUCUUGCAGUGUGCAACACAGUUGUAGUCAGUCAGCCGCACGUCGAUUCGCUGAGCAACUCAACCACCGAUCAGUUUCAGGCGCAAAAGUCCUCGAAAGCCAACGGAACGCUGCGAUCAAACGAUAAGUACGCUCGCUUAACUGAAUCUAGAUCGACAACGCCAUCACCGCCACCUUCGACAACGUCACCAUUGCGCAUACGACUACCGAAACUGUCAUUUGGAAGUAGGGAUGACAAUUCGAGCGAGCCAAGCUCAUCAGCUGAAGUUCAACUGGCCCGUUACGAAGCAGAAAGCCCGGAUGAACUGGCUCUAGCUGAAGCCGCACUUGCUUACGGAUACGAGUUACGUGGGCGAGCGCCUGAUGAAGUGGAGAUAGGAAUACGAGGAGAACUCACGAAGUUAAAAGUGUUGCGCGUACAACAAUUCGACUCUAAUAGGAAGUGUAUGUCGAUAGCACUACGUGCUCCCACUGGACAGGUGUUAUUGUACGUAAAAGGCGCAGAUUGUACAGUAUUAGGUGCCCUUGCGCCGAUGAGAUCGGGAUCAGCGGAAUCUGCCGCGUACGAUCGAACGCGUUCGUUGCUCAGCGAAUACUCGCGCGCUGGACUACGUACACUUGUCAUGGCGAAGCGAACAAUGCAACCUGCUUUAUGGGAAGAGUGGUUGGCUGGACAUAAUAGAGCUUCUGAAAUUGGCGAAGGUAGAGAAAAGCGUCUUCGCGAAUCAUUGGCACGCCUCGAAAGCGCACUUACAUUAGUAGGAGCGACAGGAGUGGAGGACAGACUCCAAGAGAAUGUUCCCCGUACUGUAAGAGCUCUGUUGGACGCGGGGAUCGUGGUCUGGGUUCUUACUGGGGAUAAACCGGAGACUGCCAUCAAUAUUGCCUACUCAGCGGCUCUGUUUUCGCAAAGCGAUCGGCUUCUACACCUCAUGUCUAGGGACAAGGAACACGCAGAAUCAACAAUAAAGAGUUACCUCGAAGGAGGCGUGACGGAAGGCGGGACGGGUCGUGCGCUUGUAGUUGACGGACGGACGUUGACGUACAUCCUUGACAGGCGAUCGGGAUUGGUCGCGCCUUUCUUGUCUCUGGCUAGACGCUGUUCCGCUGUGCUUUGCUGCCGUGCCACGCCUCUACAGAAGGCAUAUAUCGUCAAGGCAGUGAAGGAAGAGUUGGGUGUGACGACGUUGGCUAUCGGUGACGGAGCUAAUGACGUGUCCAUGAUACAGACGGCGGAUGUUGGCGUUGGUCUAUCAGGCCAGGAAGGUCGUCAGGCAGUAAUGGCGUCGGAUUUUGCCUUAUCUCGCUUCAAAUUCAUCGAGCGACUAUUGCUCGUUCAUGGCCAUUGGUGCUACGACAGACUGGCGAGGAUGAUACUCUACUUCUUCCUCAAGAAUGCUACGUUCGUGUUCCUAGUAUUCUGGUAUCAGUUGUACUGCGGUUUCUCUUCCGCCGUAAUGAUCGACCAGCUCCAUCUGAUGGCAUACAAUCUUAUGUUCACCGCAGUUCCUCCUAUUAUAAUGGGCGCAUACGAUCGCGUUGCGCCCGCGUCGCUUUUAACCGAGCGUCCGGGACUUUACAGCGCGUCACGGCGCGGUCUUGCAUAUCGAGCUCACUCAUACUGGCUCGUGCUAGCCGAGUCUCUCUAUAUCAGUAUUGUGAUAUUCUUCUCCUGUCGAACUGCCUACAACGAUACUGACGUCGACAUAUGGGCCUUUGGGGACUGCUGUAUGACCUGCUGUCUGGUCAUCAUGCUUGUGUACGUCGCUAUAGAGACGAGAAGUUGGACGGUAAUCCAAGUGAUAGCGCUGUGCGGCUCUCUGGCCUCGUUCUACGCUUUGACGCUCGUGUACGGAGCGGUUUGCGUGUCCUGUUUCAAUCUACCCUCCACGUUCCACGUGAUGCAGCACGCACUAGCUGACCCCAUAUAUUGGCUCGUGGUCGUACUAACAACUGCUGCUGCGCUCGCCCCGAGACUGGCAUGUCACGCGGUGCGAAACUCGUCCCACCCGGACGCAGUGGGUCGCGCGGUGCAAGCGAGACGGAGACACGCGAGGUCCCGCUUGCCUUACGCCGCCCACUAUCACACCACCACUGCCUCCGCACACGUCUACAGAUCGACGGACGAGGACGGCCUCCAAAGGAGCUCCGACGUGGCGUCGAUCACGUGA